AUGACAGAGGUAGCUCCUAAAUCUGUGACAUACUGUGACGUCUGCUCGUUCCCUCCAGAGUACUGUGAGUUCGGGGGCCAGUUCAGAAAGUGCAGAGAGUGGCUCAGUGACAACCACAAGGAAAUCUUUGAAAAGUUGUAUAGUGAUGCUGCUUUGGCCAACGCUACACUGACCUUGUCCAUCGAGAAGGAGGAGAAGAUGCACAAGGACUUGGAGAAGAAACAGGCCAAGGAAGAGGCCAAGGCUGAGCGUGAGUUGAAGAAGAAGCUUGCGUCGAAGGUUGUGAUCAAGAGAAUCGAAAGAAACAGAAGAAAGCACGUCAUUUCGAUUGGAGGUUUGGAAGUGUUCAACAUUGACAUGAAGAAGUUGUCCAAGACGUUUGCUCAGAAGUUUGCCACUGGUGCUUCUGUGGUGAAGAAUGCUGAAAAGAAGGACGAGAUUGUUGUCCAGGGUGAUGUCAGUGACGAGGCCAGAGCUUAUAUUGAAAAGUUGUUGGAGGAGAAGGGCCUUGAUGAAGUGAAGGUGGAGCAGAUUGACGACAAGAAGAAGAAAAAGCGUGAGGAGGCUGCUGCCGCUGCCGCUGCCAGUGGCAAGGGCAAUUAG